GACGCCGUUUUAAACGAGCCAGAAACAAAACACCGCCCUGGACCGGCCACUCCAUCUUUAUGCGGCAGCUUCGCGGUGGGUUUAGCGCCCGGCGCGUCUCGGCGGGGCGGGCGAUAAAGGGUCACGCCGACCGCUCAAACGCUGCGCGUGUAGUUGGCGGGGGAGGCCGGGCAGCCGGAGCGGGAAAGCGAGCGCGCCUCGGCUGCGCGGGCAGAAUAAGUGGGUCGCUGGACACUCCGCUCGUCUUGGAUCAGACCCGGUGGCUGUAGUCUCCUUGGUAACGCAAGCCCAUGAGAAAACUAAAACGGUAUCCAAGAUGAAGAAGUCGGCCAAGCGGGGGGCAAGAGAGCCAAAGCAGACUACAGCAAGGCAGCCAAAGCAGACCAUAACAAGGCAGCCAAAGCAGACUAUAACAAGGCAGCCAAAGCAGACCACAACAAGGCAGCCAAAGCAGACCACAACAAGGCAGCCAAAGCAGACCACAACGUUUUCUCAGCAAGCAGAGGAGGAGCAACCGGUCAACAAAAUGGUCAAAUCCAUAAGAAAGGGGCCUGGGCGGCCCAAAAAGCAUACAAGAAGGGGGCCUGGGCGGCCCAGAAAGCACGCUAUACAAAACACGAAUGAAUGUGUCCUAAUCAAAGCUACCAAAAUCAAUUCCAAAUUCCUCCAAAAGAAAGCUCCACAAACCGAGGAGGAUAACCCCUUGCUCAAAAAUGGGAUUAAACCGGUUAAAAGAGGACCAGGGCGGCCCAGAAAGAAUUCUUCACAAUAUGAAGUAGGGCCCCCCUCAGUCAAUAACAAUGCCACACCUAUCAAGAGGGGGCCUGGACGUCCCCGAAAAACUGACUUGCAAUGCAAAGAUGCAUUGAAAAACAGCGAGGGGAGCAGGAACAAAAAGCGUUCUCGCUCCAGGCAAAUCAAAGAGGAGCCAACCGACACCACUUUGAAUGAAAUCUGCCACGUAACCAAGUUUGGAGAUUGGGAAUUCGAAGGCCUGGAGUUGACCACGAAGGUAGAAAAUGAGCCAUGCAUAAUCCAAUGCCAAGAGAAGACUACAAAGGUGGAGGCAGUGGAAAGCAAUGAAGCUCCGCCUCGGCUGGAGCCCCCUGAGUUUCACCCUUGUCCGUACUGCACCACCUCCUUCACUGAGCCUGCUUUCCUGCAGAAGCAUGUCAAGUUCCGCCACCGUGAUGAGUACAACGACACGGUGAGACGCGCGUCAUCUCGGCGUCCACCUCCGAAGGACAUCAAAGUGUUCAACUGCCCCCAAUGUAUCCGUUCUUUCGAGUCUCCGAUACAGCUGACGGUGCACAGAAACCAGGCACAUCCCGCCAUUCCUCCCAAGAAGCUCUACACGUGCCCAGUCUGUGCCCGCAGCUUCGAUUACCUGGGAAAUCUGAGGAAUCACUGUCAGAGCUGGCACAAAAUGUCUGUUCACACAUUCAAGGGACAUCUCCGUUGUUCAGACUGCAGAAGGAGUUUCAAGAGGUCAUGGGGGCAGGGGCCUCACCAGUGUGUGGGUAGGAAAACCAAAACCAUAUUUGCUCAUCCUGAAUACACAAAGCCCAUAUCCCUCGUCAUAGGUGUAAAUUGUCAAGUGUGCGGAAAGAAUAUGAAGAACCUUACAACUCUGCGUAAGCACAUGAUUCUACACACGGGCGGAAAACCUCAUGUCUGCAAAGAGUGUGGAAAGGGAUUUUCAGAUGCCAGUACACUCCGUAAACAUAUGAACAUACAUUCAGGGAUGCGGCCACACGAGUGUCAUAUUUGCCAGAAAAAGUUCACGGAGCCUGGCAUUUUGCGUAAGCACAUGAUAAUGCACACAGGUGAGAAACCGUACUCCUGCUCUGACUGUGGGAAGACUUUUGCCUACAAGCAGUCCCUGUCCAAACACCAGCAGACCCACUCAGUAGUUCCCUCCUUUGAAUGUUCUGAAUGUGGCAAAAGCUUCACUGGCAAGGAUAACCUGACAUACCAUAUGAGGAUCCACAACAAAAGGCACAUUUGCGGUAAAUGCGGCCUGAAGGUAGCUAGCUUACAGAUACUGAAGACGCACAUGCGGAGACACACAGGAGAAAGACCAUACCACUGCAAGGUGUGCGACAAGAGUUUCAAACGCCUUAGUCACUUGUACAACCACCAGCGCAUCCACACAGGAGACAAGCCGUUCAAAUGUGACCAGUGCGACGCAACCUUCACUCAGACUGCCAGCCUCUCCAAACACAGGAAAAUACACACAGGGGAAAAACCCCACUUGUGCACUGUCUGUAACAAGGCGUUCAGCUGUAAGGGCUCGUUGACCAUACACAGUGUGAUCCAUGACGAGGUGCGUCCGUACGGAUGUGACGUGUGCAAAAAAGCCUUCCGCUACAAAGCCCAGCUGACGGUUCACAAGAGGAUCCAUUCAGGGGAGAGGCCGUACCCGUGCCCUCACUGUCCUGGCCGCUUCCGACGCAAUGAACAUCUGAAGAUUCACAUGGGCAGGUGUCACAGAAUUGUGCUUGGCCAAUUACCCCACUCUUCUGAGUCGUCCCGGUCGCUGCUCCACCCCCUCUGCCGAUCCGGGGAGGGCUGCAGACUACCACAUGCCUCCUCCCAUACAUGUGGAUGA